AAACCAGCGCCCGGUUUUCAAACUCGCUGCCAAAAGAGUUGCCAAAUCCGAAUCACCUUCUCUCUCUCUCUCUCUCUCUCUCUUCAUCAGACUCCUCUUGGGUUUCCAUUUCCCACCUAUCAACCUUAUAAAACCCUUCCAAUUCAUUCCAAUUCUCAUUCCCAAUUCCCACAGCCCAUCAGAACCUUUCUUUGAAGAAAAAGUAAUGGACACUGCAAAUCUGCCAAUCCAUUUCUGAGCCCUUAUCGGCAUAAAUCGCCAAAAACCCAAAAACCCCAGAAGUCUUUGUGGGGAAAACUAGGGUUUCUUGGUGUCUGCAUCCUGUUUCUUAAGCGCAAUGUCUCAGCUUAAGCCAAUCUCGCAUCUGGACAACAUCCCAUCUACGCCGGGCAAGUUCAAGCCUGAGAAAUCACCCUAUGUUCACCGUCUCCGGUGGCACUCGUGUCUCACUGCCAAGUCCACUGUUUGGUUUUUCAUCUUCUUGUUCCUUAUUUUCGUUCUCUUUGUUAUCUCGCCGCCUUCGUCUUCCCCGUCCUCGAUUAUGGACCCCUCUCGCCGCUCGCUCCGCACGCACCCCCAGUGGGGCGGCGCCGAGUGGGAGCGCCGCGUGCGGUCGUCGGCUCGGGUCCGAUCCAGACACGGUUUUACGGUGCUCGUUACCGGCGCCGCCGGCUUUGUCGGAACCCACGUCUCCUCUGCGCUCAAGCGACGCGGCGAUGGUGUUCUUGGGCUUGACAAUUUCAAUGAUUAUUACGAUCCCAAACUCAAACGCGCCCGCCAAACCCUCCUGGACCGCGCUGGGGUUUUUGUAGUCGAGGGCGACAUCAACGACACUGCGCUUCUUAGUAAGCUUUUCGAUGUUGUGGCGUUUACCCAUGUAAUGCACCUCGCGGCACAGGCGGGCGUGCGAUACGCGAUGCAGAACCCGGGUUCUUAUGUACAUAGCAACAUUGCUGGGUUUGUUAAUCUUCUUGAAGUCUGCAAAUCGGCUAAUCCCCAACCUGCAAUCGUCUGGGCAUCAUCGAGUUCCGUUUAUGGGCUCAAUUCUAAGGUACCCUUUUCGGAAAAAGAUCGAACUGACCAACCCGCAAGCCUUUAUGCCGCUACAAAGAAGGCUGGCGAAGGGAUUGCCCACACUUACAAUCAUAUAUACGGCCUUUCAAUCACUGGAUUGCGGUUCUUCACGGUUUAUGGACCUUGGGGUCGGCCUGAUAUGGCUUACUUCUUCUUUACUAAAGACAUUCUGAAGAGGAAGCAAAUCACAAUAUUUGAAGCUCCUGAUCAUGGAACCGUUGCAAGAGAUUUUACUUACAUUGAUGAUAUUGUGAAGGGUUGCUUAGCAGCCUUGGAUACGGCGAAGAAGAGCACGGGCAGUGGUGGGAAGAAGAAAGGGCCGGCUCAGUUACGGGUGUUCAAUCUAGGGAACACAUCCCCGGUUCCAGUCAGUGAUCUUGUGAGUAUAUUGGAGAAGCUUUUGAAGGUAAAGGCUAUUAGGAAGGUAUUGCCAAUGCCCAGGAAUGGGGAUGUGAAGUUCACGCAUGCCAACAUAAGCUUGGCACUGAGGGAGCUUGGAUAUAAGCCCACAACAGAUUUGCAGACAGGGCUGAAGAAAUUUGUCAGGUGGUACCUUAGUUAUUACUCGAAGAAGAAGAGUGCUUGGUGAAUCUCUUCGUUGUGUUGUAGUAAAAUCCUUCGUGUUGAUCACUUAAUUCCUUAUGGUCUACACUUUACUACAAUUCUUUCUAUUUCACCAUCAUAUGCACACGACAGUGUCCCAUACAGGGAGGAAUUGUCCAGCAAUGACAGGCAUUUUUUUUGCAGGGCAUUGCUGUGAACAGAAAACUGGAACCAUCUUAUUUGUCUUUUUGAAUAUUGUUUUCCCGUUCCUUAAGAUGUUAGUCAUAGCUAGAAAGUGUACAGGUAAUGACUGAUAGGUUACAAGCAUAUGCUGAUUGGUGGAAUCUUAUGAUCUUGAUAUGAGGUUAAUAAAAUAUCAUUUGUCUGGCUGCCAAA